AUGCCGGAUCCAGUCAUGAAAUUAUCACGACAGAUGUCUGAUGAAGGGCUCUUUGUUCCCCAGAGUAGCAUUACUAUUCAAAACGUCAUUGGCGAAGGACAGUUUGGAAUUGUAUACAAGGCAUUAUUACAUAACUGGAAAGGAUACAUUCGUGAUGUGGUUGCUGCAAAGACACUGAAAGGACUAUUCAGUUCGAAUGAUGUCCAGCAUCUAGCAGAGGAGAGUAAGAAGAUGGCUAGAUUUGAUCAUCCUAAUGUCAUGAAGUUAAUUGGUGUGUCACUCAGCAUGGACACAAUCCCUUUCCUGCUCAUGCCAUUUAUGGCCAAUGGUAGUUUGCUAUCAUACCUGCGAAAGAAUAGACCAGAGUUGACAGUAAAGAAUGACAUGACAGAAUUGAUAACGGAGAAUGGGUCAAGGCUACUGUCAAUGUGCCUACAAAUUGCAAAAGGCAUGGAGUACUUGGCCUCCAAAAAGUUUGUCCAUCGAGACCUCGCUGCCAGGAACUGCAUGAUUGAUCUAAACAACGUCAUAAAAGUUGCUGACUUUGGUCUCUCAGAGGACAUCUAUGCCAGAAACUAUUUUAGACAAGGAGGAAGACAAGAAGAGAACGGAGAAGGUGCUGUGAAAUUACCAGUCAAGUGGAUGGCUCUUGAGAGCUUGAACGAUGGAGUCUUCUCUGAGAAAUCUGAUGUGCACAUCAACACAGUGCUACCAGGAGGAGGAGGAGAGAGAUUGAGGAAAGUGACUGUUCAGUUUGAGGGAACUCUCAAUGGAUGUGAUAUCAGUAGACAGUGCAGACAGAGUUUUAAACUAUACAAGUGGGAGACUUCAGCCAUUGACAGAAAUGGAGCAACUAACACCAACAAUUACGUCAGAGUUGAUCGAGUCUCUCCUGAUGUUACUAGUGGAGAUAUGCCCUUUGUUGACUAUUAUGAUAUUGAAUUACGCACAACUGGUAGUUUUUACUUGGGAGUUGUUGACUUGAGCACUUGUGUUACUCUCACAAGAAUUCUAGUUCUCUACUAUGUGUGUCCAGAGGAGACAUCAGAACUCAUCUCCAGACCUGAGGCAAUUGAAUCCCAGUCUCUGGAAGACUCACCUUCAGUGGAGGGAGAGUGUGUAGAGAACAGUUCCACAGAGUCUGGAGCUAAUCCUAUUCUAAUAUGUGGUCCUAGAGGACAGUGGAAUGUGAUAAAACCUUGUCUCUGUAAUCCUGGAUAUCAGCUGGACAGUAGUCAAGACCAGUGCUCAGAGUGUCCAGAAGGAACCUUCUCAUCAGGACUGGGUAAUGGACCAUGUGAGACAUGUCCAGCUAACAGUGAGGGGACUGGAACUAGUCUGAGCCUCUGUCCAUGUCUCCAGGACUACUACAGAGCUCCUUAUGAAGGGCCGUCCGUCCCCUGUACACAGUCUCCAGGACGUCCAUCUGAUCUCAGAGUGUCAAAUGUGACCAACACAUCAUCCGUCCUCUCCUGGUCUCCUCCUGAUAAUGGUGGAGGGAGACCUCUCUAUGAGAUAGUCUACACCGUCACUGCCACUGACAGAGGAGGAAGUGGUGGAGAGAGAGUGGUGGUGAGUGAGGUGAAUGAUACAGAGACCAUUGUGACUGGACUGACUCCUGGUGUCCUCUACACAUUCUCUGUAUCUGCUGAGAAUGAUGUCUCCUCUCAGGACAACAAUAUCAAUGCCAGGAGUCUCAGUACCACUACCAACACUCAGGAAGGAGUUGGAGGGACAGUGACAGAGUUUGUGGUUGAACCGAAUGGAGUGCUGAGCUGGUCUUCUCCAGUUCCUCCCAAUGGAGUCAUUCUCUACUACAAUGUCAUCAUAUCCACAGCUGACUCUGGGCAACUGGUCACCAGAGUUGAGGAGUUGGACGUCUUGACUAUUGAUGUCUCCAACUAUGGAGAGAUCAACAUGGACUACAAUGUUACUGUGCAGGCAGUGACGUCAGUUGGAGGAGGGGAUUUCUCAUCUCCAGUGACAGUAUCUCUGAGAGAGCCGUCAACUGACUCCAAAUCUGACCCACCAGUUACUGCCAUUGCUGUUACCAUCAUUGUGGUCAUCAUCGUCUUUUUCGCUAUUAUUGUGGCUAGUCUAGUUGCCUACAUCUGCUGGACAAAGACAAAGAUGAAAAAUAUAAAUAUAGUACAGACAUCCUCUUCUGGUGUAAAAAAAUCAGAUAUGCCGGGUCCUCCGAUGGAACUAUCACAGCAAACAUCGGAGGAUGAGUUGGAGACCAACAAAGCAUAAUGGCGAACACAAUGUAUUCAGACAUAGUAUGAGUGUUCAAGUUCCUGUGUAUCCCAAUGAAGCAUAUUCAGUGUGUAAGGGUGGCACACACGAAGACCCAGUGUAUGAACUGGUUAAUUAGACUACAAUAUUAUACAGCUUGCAUUGUUUCACAAACGUGUAAUUUUGUGUGUAGUUCUUAUCAAGAAAGUGUGUCUGUCAGGCUCCUGUUAGCUAUAACCUACAUCUGAAACAUUAUGAUGUGAAUCAA